AGCGCCGUGGGUCGCCUCGCGUGAAGGCGAGAGUGCAGCCAUGGCCGAGGCGGACCCCAGCUCCUUUGCGUCGCCCGGCUGCUGCCGCACCCACCACCUCCACCUGCGCUGCCGCGUGGACUUCGCCAGCCGCUCGCUGAGGGGGACCGCGGCCCUCACCGUGAGGGCGGAGAGAGACAGCCUGCGCCGACUGGUUUUGGACACAAAGGAUCUAAAAAUACACAAAGUGGUUGUCAAUAAACAAGAUGCACAGUUUGUUCUUGGGGAACGUCAUAGCUUCAAAGGAGCACCGCUGGAAAUCACGCUACCUUUUGAGUUGGGAAAGGGGCAAGAUGUGGUUGUAGAGAUCACUUUUGAAACGUCUCCAAGGUCUUCAGCACUCCAGUGGUUCACUCCAGAGCAGACAUCGGGGAAAAGGCACCCAUUUCUCUUCAGUCAGUGUCAGGCCACACACUGCAGAGCUGUUCUUCCCUGCCAGGACACUCCUUCGGUGAAGCUAACAUACUAUGCAGAAAUAUCGGUUCCGAAUGAACUGGUGGCACUUAUGAGUGCCAAGAGAGAUGGAGACUUGCCUGACCCAGAAGAAAGCACAAGGAAGAUAUACCGCUUCAUACAAAAUGUUCCAAUACCCUGCUAUCUGAUUGCUUUAGUUGUUGGUGCUUUGGAAAGCAGAGAGAUUGGCCCCAGAACUUUGGUGUGGGCUGAAAAGGAGCUUGUGGACAAAUCGGCACAUGAAUUUUCAGAGACAGAAGCCAUGCUGAAGAUUGCAGAAGACCUAGCAGGUCCUUACGUAUGGGGUCAAUACGACUUGCUAGUGUUGCCACCAUCAUUUCCAUAUGGUGGUAUGGAGAACCCCUGCCUCACUUUUGUGACUCCCACAUUACUGGCUGGUGACAGAUCAUUAUCCAAUGUUAUCGCCCAUGAAAUUUCUCAUAGCUGGACUGGGAAUUUGGUAACAAACAAGACCUGGGAGCAUUUUUGGCUAAACGAAGGACAUACAGUUUACUUGGAACGCAGGAUUGGUGGCCGGAUGUUCGGCGAACAGUUCAGGCAUUUCCAAGCUCAGGGAGGCUGGAGAGAAUUGCAGAAUACGAUAAACACCCUUGGAAGCACAAACCCUGUGACUCACCUGAUCCCUAAUCUGAAAGAAGUAGAUCCUGAUGUUGCAUAUUCUUCUGUUCCGUAUGAAAAAGGCUCUGCUUUACUACUUUAUCUAGAACAGCUUCUUGGUGGGCCAGAUGUGUUCAUUGGCUUCUUGAGGGCAUACAUCCAGCAGUUUGCAUACAAGAGCAUAGACACGGAAGACUGGAAGAAUUUCCUGUACUCCUACUUCAAGGACAAGGUUGACCUUCUUAACAAAGUUGACUGGAAUGCAUGGAUGAAUACUCCUGGCAUGCCUCCAGUAAAACCAACGUAUGAUUCAACACUGUCAAAUGUUUGUGUUGCCUUGAGUCAAAGAUGGGCCAAAGCCACGGAAAACGAUCUUGGCUCCUUCAGCUCAGCUGAUAUAAAAGAGAUGUCUUCACACCAGCUUAUUGAGUUUCUUGCACUACUACUGCUGCUGGAGAAUCCUCUUCCAGUGAGCCAUGUAAGACGAAUGCAGGAAGUUUAUGACUUCAAUGCUGUGAACAACUCUGAAAUUAGAUUCAGAUGGCUGCGCCUCUGCAUUCAAGCCAACUGGGAAGAAGCAAUUCCUUUGGCCCUGAAGAUGGCUACGGAACAAGGCAGAAUGAAAUUCACUCGUCCUUUGUUUAAGGACCUCUAUAAAUUUGACAAAUCCCGUGCUCAAGCUGUCAGCGCUUUCCACCAGCACAAAGCUUCCAUGCAUCCAGUGACUGCGAUGUUGGUAACCAAAGACCUGGGACUUGACGGACAAACAGCCCAACCUCUGCAGACUUAAGGAUAAACUCUGAUAAGAAAAUGACUUUCUUCUUCCCACUCCCUCCGUGAAAAAGAAUCAUUGUAACUUGCAUGUUUGAUUACUGAACUAGCUUUCUGUUCUGAUGCUGAAUCAAUAAGCCAGGCCUCCCCCCCCUCCUGAUUAUUCAUGCUGGCAUCUCAAUCUUGUGCCUCAUUUAAAAUUCUGCAAAACAGGGAAAAAAUAAGUAGCAUUCAUAGUUUUGCUACAUGUACUGCUUUAUUUGAAGCAAUAAAUCUUCUAUGAUAAAUCGGA